AUGGCCGAACAAUGUCUAUCUAAUUCAACUGAUAAUCCGUCCAUUUUACAUCUAAUUAAAGAAUCAACUCCUUUAGAAACUACACGUCAUGUAAAUUCUCUUAUUCGUCGUUCUCUAUCCAAUAAACUAAAUGUUCUUGCUGUAACUCCAUCAACUACAAUGACAACUACUUCAACAUCAUCGACAGGUUCACUUGCAAUGACUUGUACUGAAAUAAGUUCUGUUGUCUGUUGUAUUCGACGUCAUCAAUCUAUAACUAAUGCAACCGGAACAAUCACUACGACUUCUACUGAUGAUGGUCAUGUAUUCAAUGAUGACGCUAAACGAAAAGAAUCAUUCAUAGAUGCCGACAAAUGUGCUUCUCUUAAUGCUAGUGAUGAUGAUUCCUUCGAUGAUGAAGAUGAAGCAAUCGUUGCUGAAUCUCUGUUUUCUUCAUUAUCUUCAACUAUAUCAAAUUAUGUUCCUAUGUAUUGUCCUAUUUGUCUCGAACCAGCAUCAUUACAAUCAACUUCAUGUUGUACAUUUCAUAGUUGUAAUUCAUGUUGGCGUGCUCAUAUUUCAGCUGCAUUAAAUGAUGGUCGAAUUAAAAUUUCAUGUCCUUCAAAUGGAUGUAACAAAUAUUUAACUCGAGAAUCAAUAGUGAAUUUUAUUCGUAAUGAUUCACCAUUACAUGAACGUUAUCUUAAAUUAUAUACAAAUGCAAAUCAAAAUCCUCGUGCUAAAACAUGUCCACGUUGUUCUCAUCUUUAUUCACUUGAUACAAUAACAUCUGUUCAAUUAAAAAAGAAUAAAAAAAUUCCAAAACAAGUUCAAUGUUCCGAAUGUUUACUUGUUUGGUGUUUUCGUUGUUCAGCACCAUGGCAUGAAAAUUUAACAUGUAAACAAUUUAUAAAAGGUGAUAAACUUUUAUUAAAAUGGAUUAAUCAAAAAAGUGAAGAUCAAUGGAAUGCAAGAAAAUGUUGUCCUCAUAUGACUUGUUCAUCAUGUUCAUGUGAAUUUUGUUAUUUAUGUGGUCGACGUUAUGUUAAAAUUCCAGUUAUUGGUCAACAUAAUAAUAAAUUCAGUAUGUUUGGAUGUCCAUAUAAUCUUCAUCCAGAAAAACCAUGGCUUCGUCGUACAAUACGUGGUAUGAUUGCUACUGGUGUUGUUGUUGCUUCACCAUUACUUGCAGUUGGUGCUGUAACUGCAGCCGUUGUUGUUUUACCUCCGGUUGGAAUUUAUAAACUUGUUAAACAUAUACGUUCUCGUCGUUCUUCACAAGCUGUAAAUGGAUUUUUAACUAGUCAACAUAUAUUAUUUAAUCAAGAUAAUGAACAACAACAACAACAUCCAUUAUUUCAAUUUGAUUUAGCUGGUGAAGAUUUUAAUCCUGAAGAAAUAAUGCGUAUUUUACGAGAGCGUUUUGCACGAUUAAAUAAUACUCAAGUGAAUGAUGAAAAUAUCAAUGAAGAAUUUCCAUUAUCAAUAUUUUCUGAUAUGGAUGCUGAAAAUUUAUUUUCUGAAGAUGAUAAACCUCAAUCCGGUUUUCGAACAUGUCCAACAACACCAUCAAUUAAUAUAAGAAAAAUUCAUAGUCAAAGUUUAAAUCAUUUACCAACUAUGAACUCUUUAACUAUCAAUCGUUCUCAUUCGAUUACUUUAGAACAUUAA